AUGGCGAAUCCCAUCAAUACAAACCGCCACAUUCGGGUUAUCAUUAUUGGAGCCGGUGCCAGUGGCCUUCUAAUGGCCUAUAAGCUCCAACGUAACUUCGACGAUGUGGAAUUCCAGAUUUACGAAAAGAACCCAGAUAUUGGCGGGGCCUGGUACGAAAAUCGAUAUCCGGGAUGCGCCUGUGACAAUCCCUCCCACACAUAUGUUUGGUCCUUUGAUCCAAAUCCGAACUGGUCAAGUACCUAUGCCCCUUCUAGUGAGAUAUUUGAGUAUUUCAAACGCUUUCAAUCUCGCCUUAACCUGAACGAAAAAACCAAAGUGUCUCACCGGGUUAUCGGAGCCAAGUGGGACGGUGAUGCGGGGAAGUGGAACGUUGAGAUCAACGAUAUCCCUAACAACACCGUGGUGCAGGACGCUUGUGAUGUGCUUGUCAAUGCAGGAGGAAUUUUGAAUGCCUGGAAAUAUCCCACGAUUCCGGGAUUGCAUGACUUUAAGGGACAGCUAGUACACAGUGCCGCCUGGGAUACCAACAUUGAUUUAAAGGGAAAGCAUGUGGGAUUGAUUGGAAAUGGAUCAUCUGGAAUUCAGAUUCUCCCAGCCAUUCUCCCCGAGGUUGCCAGCUGUACCACGUUUAUUCGAGGGCCAACAUGGGUUGCCGUCAGCGGCCUUAUGGGUUUGCAGCCACGAAGGUUCGAGCCGGAUGAGAAGGACAGGUUUGCAAAGGAUCCGAGCGCAUUGCUUACCCUCCGACGUUGGCUCGAACACAACAUGAACAGAAUAUGCCCUUUGAUCUUCGCAAAAUCCGAGGCCCAAGACGACGCGCAUAAGCUCUUUGUCGAUUCAAUGAAGGACGCUCUCAGCAACCCGGGCUUGGAAGACAAGGUUAUUCCUUCGUGGGCCGUUGGCUGUCGACGGUUAACACCCGGUGUAGGAUACCUACAAUCUCUGAACCAUCCCAAGACCACGGUCGUCCAUGGUGAGAUUAAGAGAGUCACCGAUCGAGGUUGUCAGAUGGAGGAUGGAAUAGAGUAUCCUGUAGACGUGCUGAUCUGCGCAACCGGAUUCGAUACUACUUUCAAGCCACGCUUCCCGCUCACAGGCUUGAAUGACCGACAGCUUUCGGAGGAUUGGAAAGAUGAGCCCAAGUCUUACCUUGGAAUUGCUGCCCCCGGUUACCCCAACUAUUAUAUGUUUCUUGGGCCCAAUAGUCCAAUUGGUAACGGCCCAGUACUAGUAGGCAUUGAGGCCCAAGCAGACUACAUUUGCAAACACAUUACGCGUAUUCAACAGCAAGGCAUAAAGUCGAUUGAGGUCACUAAGGAAGCCGUGGAUGACUUUAUCGAGCACAAGGAUCAAUAUAUGAAAGACAUGGUGUGGAACCAAGACUGUCGGUCCUGGUACAAAGGCAACACAUCGGACGGGAAGAUAAUUGCGUUAUGGCCUGGGAGUACACUGCAUUAUAUUGAAACCCUUCAGCAGGUACGAUAUGAGGACUUUAAGGUACAAUACUUCGGAAACCGCUUUAGCUACUUGGGAAACGGUAUGAGCAAGCUUGAGAUGACCCCAGAUGCCGAUCUAGCGUACUAUAUCCGCCAAACGGAUGACGGCCCAAUUAUUGGGUCCAAGUUGAUCUACAAGAAGGCAGGUCCUGAGCUGACUGCUAUCAAUAUAACAGCUGGCAAUGCCUCUGGGGAAACGACAGCGGAUAUGGCUCACUUGUAG